AUUCAAUUUCGGUGUGUGUGUGUGAAAAAAAUGGCCAAAUUUAAUCGUUUAAAUUUUCGUCAAAAUAUUAUCGAUUCAAAAUAUAUUUUAUUGUUGCCUUUGAUUGCCGCGUAUGAACUAUGGAAAAUUAAUCGAACGUCAUCAUUAUCGAAUCAUGAAUCACAACUAUUCAACUAUUAUCUGUUGAUUAAUGCUUGUAUUGUUUUACUGGCAUAUCGAUUCAAUGUUUCCCUUGGUUCAUUUACAUUGUUCAAUGCCGGUCUAUUUGUCAUCUUAUAUUAUCAACAAACAUUUUCGAUUCCAUUAUUUUCUAUCAGUUUUCUUUCAUUCAUUUUAUUAUUCAAUUUGAUUACAUUGAAAUUAUUAUGGAUUUUACCGGUAAAAUAUUCUCGAUGUUUUACAUUUGCCGAAUUCGCUAUCGUAUUUCAAGCGAUAUAUUAUUAUGUUGUUUCAAUCUAUGUAUUCAAUUGGCAAUAUUGGAUCGUUAAUGAUGGAUCGUCGAUGAUGAUGGUUGCUCAAAAAUUUGAUGCUAUUUGCCUGAUUUGCUAUUCAACAUUAGCCAUCCAUUGGAUGAUUGCUCAAUUCGUUUCAAAAUUGGAUCCGAUUAUCUAUUUGAUCUCAUUACCAUUAUCAUUAUAUGUAUGGUUAUAUCAUUUUCUUCACAUAGAACCAUUAUAUUGGUUUGUAACAUUCUUUUCAUCCAAUCAAAUUAGGAUUUAUUUACUUUUAUUCUGGUUUUUGGUUGUCCUAUUAACAUUAACAUUUGUUUACAUUCAUACAUUUCUCACUGUUGAUCGUCAAACGACAACAGCUACCCGAAAAAUAUUUCAUCUAGCCAUAUCAAUUGUCUAUAUUACUGGAAUUAAAUAUGAUCUGUUGUUGUUGAAUUUUGCAUCCAAACUUAUUCUAUUUAUUUUCAUUUUUAUUGAGAUUAUACGUUUAAGCCGAAUACCUGUGAUUGUUUCAAUAAUAAACACUGUAUUUGAAAGAUUUCGUGAUGAAAAAGAUUCCGGUAUACUUACAUUAACACAUAUUUAUCUAUUGAUUGGUUGUUCAUUACCAUUAUGGUUAUGUAAUGAUUCAACAAAUCAUCGUUUAUUACUUUCAUCCGGUAUUCUAUCCAUUGGUAUUGGUGAUACAAUUGCAUCAAUCGUAGGCAUUACAUUCGGUUCACGGCGACAACGAUGGCCAAAUUCAUCAAAAACCUACAUUGGAACAUUCGGUUUUUUCCUAUCACAUUUCCUAUCAUUUUUCCUAUUAGAUUAUUAUUAUUAUAAUAAUCUUUUCAAUACAAAUCAAUUACAACUAGUCAUCAAAGUGUUAAUCAUAUCCAUUAUUACCUGUUUAAUGGAAACAUUUACCAAACAUGUUGAUAAUCUUUUACUACCAUUAAUUGAAUAUUUUUUA